AUGGAACCCGCGGCGCCGGCGGGCCAGGCCCGGACGGCGGCCAGCAAGCUGUCGGAGGCGAUGGACGCAGUGCUGCAGGAUCCCCGGCGGCAGCGGCGCCUGGUGCUGGUCAUCGUGUGCGUGGCGCUGUUCCUGGACAACAUGCUGUACAUGGUCAUCGUGCCCAUCGUGCCCGACUACAUUGCUCACAUGCAUAAGGCCGGUAGGCCCACCAUGAGCCCCAAAGUGCACACCCUACAGGCGUCCACUCCAGCCAGUGGCAGUGACAACAUGGGCAACACCUCAGCGUCCCCGACGGAAAGUGAGGACGUGAAGAUCGGGGUGCUAUUUGCCUCCAAGGCCAUCCUGCAGCUGCUGGUGAAUCCCCUGAGUGGGCCCUUCAUUGACCGCAUGAGCUACGACGUGCCGCUGCUAAUCGGUCUGGGCGUCUUGUUUGCCUCCACAGUGCUAUUCGCGUUCGCGGAGGACUAUGCUACGCUCUUCGCUGCACGCAGCCUGCAGGGCCUGGGCUCGGCCUUUGCGGAUACGUCCGGAAUUGCCAUGAUUGCGGACAAGUAUCCUGAAGAGCCGGAGCGCAGUCGCGCGUUGGGCGUGGCGCUGGCCUUCAUCAGCUUCGGGAGUCUGGUGGCUCCACCCUUCGGGGGCUUCCUCUCCCAGUUCGCGGGCAAGCCUGUGCCCUUUCUGGUGCUCGCCGCAGUUUCGCUGCUCGACGCGCUGUUGCUGCUUGUGGUGGCCAAGCCGUUCUCCGCCGUGACGCGGGCGCGAGCCAACCUGCCGGUGGGCACACCCAUCUACCGCCUCAUGCUGGACCCUUACAUUGCCGUGGUGGCCGGGGCGCUCACCACCUGCAACAUCCCCCUUGCCUUCCUCGAGCCCACCAUCGCCACGUGGAUGGAGCACACGAUGGCGGCGUCUGAAUGGCAGACAGGCAUGGCCUGGCUGCCAGCUUUCGUGCCCCAUGUGCUAGGUGUCUACCUCACCGUGCGCCUGGCGGCGCGCUACCCACACCUGCAGUGGCUGUACGGAGCACUAGGGCUGGCAGUGAUCGGCGCCAGCUCGUGCGUGGUGCCUGCCUGCCGCUCCUUCGCGCCUCUAGUGAUCUCGCUCUGCGGCCUCUGCUUCGGCAUUGCGCUGGUUGACACGGCACUGCUGCCCACGCUCGCCUUUCUCGUGGACGUGCGCCACGUCUCGGUCUACGGCAGCGUCUAUGCCAUUGCCGACAUCUCCUAUUCCGUGGCCUAUGCUCUCGGGCCCAUUGUGGCGGGGCACAUAGUGCACUCGCUUGGUUUUGUGCAACUCAGCCUUGGCAUGGGCCUGGCCAACCUGCUCUAUGCACCUGUCCUGCUGCUGCUGCGCAACGUCGGCCUCAUGAGGCGCUCCCGCUCCGAGCGCGACGUGCUGCUGGAUGAGCCACCGCAGGGUCUGUAUGAUGCUGUGCGCCUGCGUGAGCGCCCUGUGGCAGACCCAGACGGCGCCCCUCGAAGCCCUUCGGGCCCUUUUGACGAGUGCGAGGACGUCUACAACAAUUACUACACCCACAGCUAGCAACCCAGCUACUCCCCCAGGCCAUCCCCUCACCCCACCCCCCAGCCCCUGGGUCAAGGUGGCUACUCUGUGAGAGUACUGGCCAGCUUAGGCUCAGGGCCCACCCCUCCAACGAGUAUCCUACACUCUCGCCGGUCUUGACUUGUCUGCCAGGAUCCCCUCACUUUGACCCUUACUGUGUUUCCCUCCCUCUCGUCCAGUGGGGCGUGGAGCACGGAAGCAUACAAAGCGAUACACUCCUGGCAGAUAAAGAGGUGCGCGAGCAGCCACCUCGGGGCUCCCCAGUGUAGAACCCGUGCCUCUGUCUGUCUUUCCUUCGGUUUCUCUCAGUGCCAACUUGGCCCCCUGCACCGCGGUGCUUCCGGCCAGAAUCAAUAAACUAUAUCUGUUCGA